CCCGGCCGUGGAGUCGAGCGGGCCCAGGGCUCUGGCGAGCUGAGGGGGCGGCGCCGGCCCGCGCGCCCCCUGGGGCCGCCCCCACAUCCCGCUCGCCGGCGUCUGGCUCUCACGAUGAUGAAGAAGAAGAAGUUUAAGUUUAAGGUGGACUUUGAGCUCGAGGAGCUCUCCUCGGUGCCCUUCGUCAACGGGGUUCUCUUCUGCAAGAUGCGGCUGCUGGACGGCGGCAGCUUCACCGCCGAGUCCUCCAGGGAGGUGGUGCAAGCAAACUGUGUUCACUGGAGGAAGAAGUUCUCAUUUAUGUGCAAAAUGAGUGCAAGUGCCACCACAGGCAUCUUAGAUCCUUGUAUCUACAGAGUAUCUGUGAGGAAGGAAUUAAAAGGUGGAAAAGCUUAUGCAAAGCUGGGCUUUGCAGAUCUAAACCUGGCAGAGUUUGCUGGAUCAGGAAAUACCACUCGUCGCUGUUUACUGGAAGGCUAUGAUACCAAAAAUACAAGACAGGAUAAUUCCAUUCUUAAAGUUUUGAUCAGUAUGCAGCUAAUGUCUGGUGACCCAUGUUUUAAAACGCCUCCUUCUACAUCAAUGUCUAUACCAAUUGCUGGUGAAUCUGAAUCUCUUGAAGAAGAUAGAAAAGGUGGAGAGACUCUCAAAAUCCAUCUUGGAAUAGCAGAUCUUUCAGCAAAGAGUGCCUCUGUUCCAGAUGAAAUUGGUGCCUAUGGACAUUCUAGAACAUCAAGCUAUGCAAGCCAGCAGUCAAAAGUAUCAGGGUAUAGCACAUGCCACUCUCGGUCAUCUAGUUUCUCUGAGCUCUGCCACAGGAGAAAUACCUCAGAGGGAAGUACAUCAACAGGAAUUGAAAGUAAUCUAGAGCCAUGUGAUGAAAUUGAGCAAAAAAUAGCUGAACCAAAUUUUGACACAGUUGGUAGAGAAGAUUCAGCUUCAGAAACACUCAACAGAUGCCCAGUGAAACAAGAUUCUGUAGAAUCUCAGCUGAAGCGAGUUGAUGACACCAGAGUGGAUGCAGAUGACAUUGUGGAGAAAAUAUUACAAAGUCAAGACUUCAGCCUGGACUCCAGUGCAGAAGAAGAAGGACUGAGACUCUUUGUGGGUCCUGGGGGAAGGACGACCUUUGGUAGUCACCAUCUUCCAAAUAGGGCAGGAUCUGGAGCUUAUGAACAAGUGGUGAUCAAACGCUAGAAGUCAAGCUGGUGAACUGAAGCUUCGCUGUGGGUUUAUGAUGUGGAGCAAUUGAGCUACCAAGGUACUUUAUUCAAGCACUUAUGAGAAAAUGGACCUAUUAAAAAUCAAGUAUGUUCAUCUAUCAAGAGGAAAGCCGACAUUGAUUUCUUCCCUGAAAGAGCCCAUCCUUCCCCACUCACCAAAGGAAAUACUGGCAUGGUGGUGUCAAGGCAUGUGCUGUGUGCAUUUAGAGGGACACGGCCUCUGUGGUCACUGCACAUGAUAAGGAAAGGCCUGCUUUUUCUUUCAGACAUCCUGGUGGGGAGAAGAACACCCUCCAAGUGUAACCCUGAUGUGUGACAUGUAAGACCUGUAAUAGUGGUGCUCAACAGAGUUGGGCUCCACUUACUUAAAUUUUAUGUUUAAACCCUAUAAAUUCUGUCAAGAUAGUUAGAAUUCCUGUUAAGGAAAGCUUCCAUAUUAUACUACCUACAGUAUUGUACUAAGUUUAACUUUUUGAUGCAAUAACCGAUAUAAAGUAUGGGUGUUUGUGCUUUGGGAAAAUGUUAUACUACAAUUUAACAAGUAAAAUGUUUAAUUAUAAACACAUCAGUCAUAACUUGAAUAAUGUGUGUGUUUAAGUCUGAGACACGUGAAUGGGUCUAAUGCCCUUUUUAUGCAGUAUGUACUGUUACCUGUUGAUGCUAGGUGAGCUGCCGAACUCCCAUUAGCACUAUAUAAGAAAUUCAGAAUAAGUUUAAUAUUUAAAAUGUUAGGCAACCAUAAGGCACCUUAACAUAAGAGCUAUUUUAACUAACUGAAUUAAUAUCUGCUGGUUUUAGGAGUCAAAAUUCAGAAAAACAGGAAGAAAUUUGUGAUUUGAUCAGAAACAGAGAGGCCUUUUCUAUGUUAAGACUUAUCUGAAACUGAGUAUUAUUCCAAGGAGGUAGUAGAUAAAAAGACCUGGGGCAGCUGCUUGACAUCACUGACAUGGGCCUGUGGUCUUCUAUUUCAGCCCCCCACGAUCAGAUACUGUGCUUUCUUCUUCACUAUAUCAAAGUUAGUUGUUUUGAGGCAAAAAUAGACCUGUCUGAUUUGUGUUCAGUUUAACAGUAGAACAGAAAAACCAAACCUUAAACGUUUUUCUGGUGACAGUUUCAAUUUUGUUGAAUCAGUCACUGAAGAAAAAUGUAGUUUCUAUGGAACCAAUAUUUCCCAGUCCUUUCAAAAUGAUGUCCAAGAAACAUAAUAUGUUAGAAUAGAAUUUGGUCUGGAUAUUUUCAUGUUGCCAAAAUAAGGGAAAAAAUAUGUUAUUAAGAAAACACUUUAAUAUCCAAAUUGGAGGUUUGGAAAAAUUUGAAUAGUUCAUGUUAACAUUUUGGAUUGAAUAUUCCAAAUUAAUCCAAUACUGCUAUGACAAAUAGAUGCUGAGACUUUUAAAAAGAUGAUGCCCCAUUUUAGAAUAUUUUGAAUGUUCAGAGAUAGGGCUUCCUGAGUCAUUAAUUAUACUUCAUUUUUAAGAUUUGUGUUAAGUAAAAAAAAUUGAACUGAAUAUUUUAGUCUAACCCAGGAAAAUGUUAUUUUAAGUGGUGAAGACUUGGCUGUCUGUGAAUAACAAGUGAACUGAUAACAUUCACUGUAUAUUGUGAGGGAAAAAAAUCAAAGUUUUUCACAGAUAUGAAGAUACUGUUUAGAGAUAUUUAUGACAUUUUAAAAACCUAUUUUUCUAUCUUUAAAAUGUUAUUUCUAGGCUAUCUUUUUUGUUGGCGCUUGUGCAAAUGCUUUUGCGGUUUUGAAAAUGAUAAAAGAAUGGAUUGUAAGCAAGGUUUAGUGAGGACUUCCUCCAGACGUGUAAAAGGUGCUGUGAUCAGGGAGAUGCCUGUCUGACUCGUCCUUGGCUGCCCCUGGCCUCAUACCUUUAUACAAGGCUGGCUGUCAGUAUUUAAAAUGAUAUAGAAUAAUUUUUAAAAAGCAAAAUAUGGAGAGAUUUUGAGAAACAAAAAUCAUGCCUUUAUAACUUUAGCAGCCACCAGCUACAUCUUGACAUAUGAUAGGAAAUCAAACAUUUUAAUGAACAGAACCAAUGACUGGCAAGAAAAAAUAAACAAAACCAAUGAUUAGGAAGAAAAAAAAAUAAUGGCUAUGUCCUCUGUCAUCAGCGAAAGUCUGGAUUCGUUAUACUCUGUUUUGUGUUCCAAGGGCAUACUCUGCAAUCAGAUUUCAGUAUAUUGAAAAUAAUUGUUCAUGUUUGCUUAAGUGCCUCCCUUAUUUCCUGUUUUUUUCUUUAGAACAUGUACAGUGUAGCUAUACCUUAAUGAUGUAACUACUGAAAAAAAAAUGUGCGUAUCAAAUACCAAGUCUACUUUUGGUUCCAUUUUGAGUUUAAACAUCAGAUUUGAAAAAUUAGAUCUUAAUCAUUUUUUAAUAUUAAAGUCAAAUUUCAAAUCACCCAUUUGGAGAAUUUGCAGAUGGGUGAAAAAAAAUAGUUUUUUUUUUCUAAUUCUAUCCUAGAGAAAGAGAUUUUAAUGGUAUUUUAAAGCAAUAUAUUUUGAUCAGGUAAGAGUCUUAAAUACCUUGUUUUGGGGGAAAUACAAAGGCAGGAGGGGGCCCACUUUCUGUGAUUUCAGCAGGUGACUUAGACCAGAGAGGAUGUGAAGGGGUAGUAAAGCGCAGAGAAGGCUCCAGGCCAUCAGUUUACACUUUGACAGUUGACCUGCCUUUGUGGUGGUCUUGAAGGCUUCUGUAUAGAAAUUAACGUGGAUUAGUAUUUAUAAUCUGAGAAAGUCUUGACUAAGAAUCCUUAAGUCCACUGUCCCAUUCCAGCAAAUUCUAUGAGAGUUAUGGUAUCCAAGUUCAGUUCUUUUGUAUGUUUUUUGUCUUCUGUUUUGCAUGAAAACUGUGAACCACAGAGUGUAAGAUAAAUUUUAACCAAAUAAGCAGGCGAAGAGUGGCAACAAAGGGCCAGGUAGUUUAUUUGAAUGCCACUCCCAGGUGAUGUUCCGCGGUCUGGGUACUACAGGCCGGGGAAGUCACAC